AUGUCGCCUGAAAGCACGACCAGAGACCCCAGACCAUGCCCACGGGUUCCCACAGGGCCCAGGAAAACGAGACGCAAGACAUAUGGCGUUGACGAAGACUACCUGGCCUCACAAGAUGCCACAACCACUACUGAAACUGGCGAUCCCACUAGCCAAUCAAACACCCCUGAUCCUGCAGCCAGCCCAGCAGCCCAACCACCCACCUACGCCAGCGUGGCUGCCUCCACACCCCCUACGAGAAUCAACAACUGGACCAUAGGCCCAUCGCAGCCGACCACGAGGGACAACAACUCCCCGCCACCGCUGAUAAGACGCCCACGCCGACCCAGACGUCGCCAGGCAAGCAGCCCACCCAACACCAGCUGCCCUGCAGAGCCAAUCCUGACUACCUCCCCUACGAACUCCACCAGCAGGAGCAUCACCCCUCCACCAAACCAGCCACCCGACCACCAACCAAUGGACUCUCCAGCCCACAACGAUAGCGCACCUCAACCCAGUGUACAACCGACCCAGCCGCCACCACCGGACGCCGACGACUCCGCUCCGCCGUCAUGGGUCAUCGCCUGGAGGGACAGGUUUAGCUGUGCACUAGAUGUGGAUAUGCUUGAGGUAAUGGUAGAAGUCCUCAUCAACCUGGCCCAGCAUAUGGCGCCCCGCAGACAAGACCGUACUUCCAACCGCCCACGUCGCCAAUGUCCUCCGACAACACAACGCAACAACAGACCACCUAGAUAUAACGCCGCAGAAGCCAGCCGUAUCCAACGACUUUAUAGGGUGAACAAGCGUAAAGCUUUUGACGAGAUCACCCGCGGCACUGGACGCUUCUGCCAACUAGGUAAGACUGCACUUACUGAUCACUUCUCUAAAAUUUACAGCCGUUGCACCAACGCCGAAUCCUCAGAAAUCGUACUUCCACUGUCACCUGAGCCAACCACAGAUGAUCCUCUCAGCGAGACCUUCACCCCAACUGAGGUCGCCAACAGGCUCGCCAAAUGCCAGAACAUGGCCCCCGGCCCAGAUGGCAUUAGAUAUUACACCUGGCGAUGCCUUGACCCGCAGGGCCACAUACUGGCGGCCCUCUUCAACGCCGUUUUACGUAUCGGAGUGAUCCCUGCUGCCUGGAAAACAUCGAACACCAUUCUAAUCCACAAAAAGGGUGACCCAAACGAUGUCAGCAAUUGGAGACCCAUUGCUUUGGCCAAUACUCUGGGUAAACUUUAUUCCGCCUGCAUCGCUAACCGCCUUUUGCGCUGGUGCGAACAGUACAACAUCAUCUCCACAGCACAGAAGGGGUUUAUGCGCUUCGAGGGCUGCUCGGAGCAUUCUUUCAUGCUCCAAUCCGUUAUCCAGGAUGCCAGACGCAAAAACAAACAAUGCCAUGUUGCCUGGUUGGACUUGGCAAACGCCUUUGGCUCUGUGCCCCACUCAGCCAUCAUCAACAGUCUCCAAUGGUGCGGUCUAGCGACCUCUGCCAUCCAACACAUUGAGAACUUACUUUCUGGUUGCUGCACACGCAUUCGCACCAACUCGGGCUUCACUAACCCGAUCCCCAUAUCUGCUGGGGUCAAGCAGGGCUGCCCACUCAGCCCCAUUCUUUUUAAUCUCGUUAAAGAGCCGGCACUCCGUAUGGUGUCUGACCUCCAAGUCGGCUACAACAUCUCCACACUGGCAUACGCGGACGAUAUAACUGUUGCCAGCCCUACGCCAGCAGGACUCCAACAACAACUAGAUGUGCUUUCCUCAUGGGCCCGCCACAACGGUCUUAGCUUUAAUCCCACCAAAUGUGCCACAGUCUCUGUUAGCGGUAAGUAUCAGUGCUCUGACCGCAACACCUUCAAAAUCCAAGGGGCGGACAUCCCACAACUUCGCAAAGACGAUCAUUACAUGCAUUUGGGGAUCCCCACCGGAUUCACCAUCGGUCGUUCUGCUGCGGUCGUGAUCGAAGGCAUACUCAAGGAUCUUAAGCACGUCGAUAAUUCAUGCCUCGCUCCGUGGCAGAAAAUCGACUGCAUUAACACCUUUCUGACAUCUCGUCUUACCUUCCACAUGACACUUGGAAAUGUCCCUAAGAAGGCACUUAACAACGUCGACAAAGCCAUCAAACGUCACGUCAAAAAAUGGAUGAACUUACCUCAACGUGCAUCCCCUGAAGUCGUACAUAUGACCAACAACCAAGGCGAAGCAAACGUCACUCCAUGCGCCAUCAUUGCCAAUGUCGCACAGGUAAGCCAUGCAACAAACUUAUUUUUGUCUAGAGACACCAACAUAUCCAGUCUUGCGUCCAAGACCCUCAGCAUGGUUGUAGAGAAACGCCUGAAACGGACACCCAGUGGAGCUGACCUCUGCACCUACCUAGCCGGAUCCAUGGAGAACGAGUUCGGGAGCGACCCAUAUGACAUCCCCUCCCUCUGGACCCGGCUUAGGAUGGCCACACGCCGGCUCAGAACCCACAUAGACCUCAACUGGCACCCAAACGACGACGGGACGCUCACCCCUACCAUCGAUGGAAAACUCCUCAACAAGUCAAACACGGCAAGUAUCAUCACCAACGCCGUCAAAAGCACAUUUUUAACAUCUCUCCUCCGGAAGCCAAACCAAGGCAAAGCGUACCGCCUCACCGCCGGAAACCACAACAGUAACCACUUUGUCAGAAACGGAAACUUCAUCAGCUUCUCCGACUGGAGAUUUGUGCAUCGUGCUAGACUGAGCGUGGUCCCUCUUCGCGGCCUCCGCCGCUUCGGCAAUGCGUCCCAAAACUGCCGCCGAUGUCAAAGACACAGGGAAACUUUGGCACAUGUAAUAAAUCAUUGCCCGCCAAACUUUACCCUCAUUACCAAAAGGCACAACGCUAUCCUUAAUCACCUCCUCAACACCUUUGACUGCAAGCACUCUAAAGUCUACACCAACCAACGUGUCCUGGGCUACACAGGUAACUGCCGCCCAGACAUCGUUAUCGUCAACAAAACACCGAAAACAGCGACGAUCAUCGAUGUGGCCACGCCAUUCGAGAAUGGCGAAGAAGCCUUCCGACGUGUACGUGAGGAGAAGACCAAGAAAUAUGAAGACCUCGCCACUUACUACCGUAGCCGUGGCUACGAAACCUUUAUAGACGCUUUUAUUGUUGGAGCCCUAAGCGGGUACGACGCUGCCUACGAAAGUGUCAUCCAACGCCUAGGGAUCUCCAGAAGAUACGCUAAACUCAUGCGUUACCUUAUGGUAUGCGACUGUAUCAAAUGGAGCAAAGACAUUUACCUACAACAUGUCGGCAGUCGCAAUCACCACUAA